ACUUAGCUGUAUGUGAAACUGAAAACUGACCAUUAACCGCUUAACAUCAACAAUUUGUUUCACCAGCUGCUUUCGAAAUCCUCCCAUGGCAGCGUCUACGGCGAUUGCAAAUUCCACCACUGCUCUCUCUUCCUGUAACUCUCGCCACCACCUCUUCCCUAAAUUUGCCUCCAUUUCGCUCCUCCAUGGCCUUCCGGAAUUCCGCCCUCCUCCGCUCGGCCUCGCCCAUCACUACACUGCAAAUGGCUCUUCCCUGCCGAUUAUUAGAGCUCAGAGUUCUCCAGGUAUGCAGACGGAAAUAGUUUUUACCCUGCCACUAGCUGUAGGUUACACACCUGAGGCUAAUUUCUACAAAGUUGAGGCAAUUCUGAGGCCGUGGAGGAUUCAACAGGUUUCUUCGGCAUUGUUGAAGAUGGGAAUUCGUGGAAUUACAGUUUCUGAUGUACGAGGCUUUGGCGCUCAAGGUGGUUCAGCAGAAAGACAGGCUGGCUCUGAGUUUUCUGAAGACAAUUUUGUCGUGAAAGUAAAGAUGGAGAUUGUUGUGAGCAAAGAUCAGGUCGAAGAAGUCAUUGCAAAGAUAAUCGACCAGGCAAGAACUGGAGAAAUAGGGGAUGGCAAGAUUUUUGUGAGUCCUGUGGCGGACAUAAUAAGAGUUCGUACAGGCGAGCGAGGAGAGAAGGCUGAAAGGAUGACAGGCGGACGUUAUGAUAUGUUCUCCGUUGGAUCCUCCACUACUUAAGCCCGCCAGAACUGCACAACCUUUUUUGUUGUCUGUCACUGUUGGAGAUUUUGAAUCUUUAGUCUUGAGAUUUUAAUAUUUCUACUAGAACAGAUCAACAAAAACGCAGUGCAUAAAUUCAGUACUUCAGACAGAUUUCUCGUUGAUUGGCAUUAUGGCUGUGUGUUUUGUGAAUGAAAACAAUGUAAAUCAGUUCAAACCUCAAACAUUCCCAGUCACAUUAGACCUUAA